GCGCGGGGGAUGCCGGGAAACGGGAGGGAUGAUUCAAAUAGAGAGGACGGGAGAGGCGGAGCGAGAGGCCGGUUACAACAGGAGUCGGAUGGCGGACGGGUGUGCAGACAGCAUGCAGACAGUUGACCACCUUGAGCAGAACUUGGUGACGGAGGUUUGUGUGGGGUGUGAGGAGACCCGCCAGGAUAUGAAGGCUGAGGAGGAGAAGCUGGCGGAGCUGGAAGCCCAGUUGAAGAUCCAGGACGCCACAACUGAAGACACAUCGGACGAGGAGGAGGAGGACGACGACGAUGAGGACAAUGGUAUGCUGGAGAAGGUCAGGGCCAACGUAGCUCAGCUGAGGGUAAAGAUAGAAGCCAUGUCCCGGGAGGCAACUGAGCUGGCGGCGGAUUUGACCAGAUGUGCCCAGCAGAAGAUGGUCUUGGCAACAACCCUUGAGGAGGUCCUGAAGGGCAAGCAAGGUGCCCACCAGCGGAAGGCAGAGCCCCUUUUCUGUGACCAGAAAGCAAAGCGCCCGAAAGAGGAUGGAGGAGAAGGAGACCAGGAGGUCCCAGCCCCAUCUCUACUGCUGCAAGAGGAGGCAGCUGGUGACCUCGGAGCAGAGGACCCUUCUCUCCAGGAAGAGGUCUCGAGAUUUAUCUGAGCUGAGGCGGGGGUCUUCCACACCUCCCUAGCAGACUGACACCGGAGCCCUCCAGAUCAGCUGCUCACCCCCUGCUG